AUCUCCCGCUUGAGACGCUACGAAGACGCCAGUCGGACCGCAGCACGGUAUUCCGACACUGCAGCGCAGAAACUGCGUAAGACGCAAGUUACACAGGCGAGUGGGGUUGUCGCUACGGUAAUUUCACUCGCUAGCUCACUCUAUAUAUUGGCAAGUCCGAGUGGUAGUCGGGAGGUUGUGACGGCGGGGGUGAAUACGGUGAUAUGUGCGGCAGCGUAUGCGCACAUGGCGGGAUUUUGGAAUGAGAAGGAACAGACGCGUAUUCCACUGGCUUCGGACUUUAACGAAGCGAUUAGGGGGAGUGAGAAGGUGGUUUUACUGUUGGGGACUUUGGGGUUGGGUUGGGGUGUUGCGGCGGGGAUGUGGGUGGCUGGCAUGGGUGAUGGGUUGAUGGGGUUGGCAAUAUGGGCGGCGGCGGUGGGAGCUAGGGUUUGGGGCAUAGCGGGGGAGAUGGGGUGGAAG